CCUUUCUUCUUAAUUAUUUCUUUGACCUCCUCGUAUGCCUCCAUGAGGAUUUGUGCCUCCGACGGGGAAAAGUACGCCGCUCUAGUUGCCAUGGUGAAUCAGUGAAUCUGUGAUCGGUGGCGGGGUCUAUUUGAGUGAGCCGUGAACGCGCACAUAUCCUGGAUUGGUUACACCUGGCUUGAUGAAUCCGUGUCUGCUCAUCCUGGCUUGGUCUUCGUGGAACCAAUUAAGCCUGGACGCACGUGUUUUGGAUUCAUUGAGCUCAGCUCAGUCAUUUAUCCUGGAUAUCUUAAUUCUACUUUUGUGCAACAGGCCCCCGGACUGUUCGGGUUUGAUGCAACUGAAGAUAAACAGAAACAGUACAUACGGGGCUAUGCAGCACUCAAUGUGGCUGAUGCUGGUGAUCCUAUGGGUGGCACAGACUGUGGAGGCCUGUCCUAAAGUCUGUAAAUGCUCCAGAAAAUCUGUUCCAGAAAAGUCAGAAGUCAACUGUCAUAAGAGGGGGCUUCGUACUUUUCCUUCCAAUCUGCCCCCUGAUGCCUGGAUCCUCAAACUUGGUGAGAACGGUAUCACAGACCUGAAGGCCAAUGCUCUGAGGUCAGUUCCAAAGAUUGAGAGUAUCAACCUGGAAAGAAAUGCCAUCAAAUCCAUUCACCCGCAGGCUUUUUCUAGUGCAAAGCAACUGAUGCUUCUCAAUCUUUAUGGCAACCACAUCACCAACCUACCACCAAGAGGAUUCCAGGACCUCCUGAACCUUCGCUUCCUCAUGCUGGGACAGAACCAGAUUGGCAUCCUCAAAGCUGAGAUGUUUGCUGGGAUGAGGAACCUAUCAGAUCUGGAUCUUCCUCUCAAUGCGCUGACAACACUCCCAUCUAAUGUCUUCAAGCCUCUUAUCACUCUCAGAGUUCUGGACCUUUCCCUGAAUCGCAUCAAAAGUAUCUCCCCUAAGGCCUUCACUGGACUCAGACAGCUCAUGUUUCUCAACUUGGACAAUAACAGUCUGAAGACCGUUCCUGCUGGAGCAUUCAGACCACUACGAUCUCUGGAAAUGCUGGUUCUAGACAACAACCUUCUGUCCACACUGGGCCCUUCAGCUUUGAAUGGCCUGGGCAACUUGCAGGAACUCUACAUGAGGAACAAUGAACUGGAGCAUCUGCCACCUGAUGUAUUUAGGAGCAUGUCUAAGCUUUCUCAUCUGGCUCUCAGUGGAAAUCACCUGAAGACAGUGGAUGGAAACAUAUUCGCCCAUAUAACUGACCUGAAGAAGCUGCACCUCCAUGACAACCCAUGGCAGUGUGACUGUAACAUAAUUUCCUUGAUACAGUGGAUGGGACAGACUAAGGCCACCCUGUCACCUCAGGACAGCCUGAGGUGCACAAGUCCUCCAGAACUCCAAAACAAGAACCUCAACAGCCUCCAACGUGACAAGCUGCUCUGCCAUGGCUAGGAUCAGAAAGCCUAAAUACAGUCCACAGCCUGGGCUCGGACCCAUGCAGAUUCAGAUGAUAAAUUUUAUUUCAACAGAUUUUGUUUAACAUAGUAGUCUAUGUAGCUGUUUAUAGAGGAAACUUGUUUUAUGUGGGAUUUUUUAAAAACUGCAUUGUAUUCAAUAAAAAUAAGACAGCAACAUAUUGAUGUUUUCAGCUGAAAAUCUUGCAUAAACUCUCACCUUUUUGAAACUCUGGCUUGACCAUGUCUGUUUGAGUCCAAAGCUAAGAAUUAUAGAUGUAAUUUCAACCCACACUGGAGCAUGAAACUCUUACACUACAGUAAAACUAUGAAAAUACUUAAACCUGCAGUUAUGAGGAUUUCCCUGAGUAGAAAGACUUGUUUUUUCCACAAGCAAAAACCAAGUGUUCUCCUUUAUUGGCACAUUCAACACUGA